AUGUCAAGUCCAAUGAAUCCAAAUACUGGUGGUAUGAAUACCAGUCAUAAUAAUAUCAGCAAUAACAGCAAUAACAAUAAUAAUAAUCGUAAAGAAGAUCGUGUCAAGCGUCCAAUGAAUGCAUUUAUGGUAUGGUCACGUGGACAACGUCGUCGUAUGGCACAAGAAAAUCCUAAAAUGCAUAAUUCUGAAAUCAGCAAACGUCUUGGUACAAUGUGGAAAAAUUUAUGUGAACUAGAUAAGAAACCAUUUAUUGAUGAAGCGAAACGUUUAAGAGCAAAUCAUAUGACACAAUAUCCUGAUUAUAAAUAUCGUCCAAGACGUAAGCACAAACCAUUAGAUAAGCAAAAAAAGAAUUCAACCAAUCUACCGUCAUCAAUGAUAAGUGGAUAUUUAGGGAAUAAUACAAUGCCUCCUGGAUCACGUGGACUGCCUACUGGCAAUACGGUUGGUGGUGGGACCGGCGGCGGCGUUGGCGGUGGUGGUGGGGGAGGACCUAUGACGCAUACAAAUCGACCGGUUCCAGAUUUAUUCGAUCCACUCAACUCUCCGUCGUCUCAAUCGCAUCAUCAUCAUUUUAGUCAGCAUAUACAUAAACAUGAACAUCACCAUCAUUUACACGGGUUAUUCAAUCCAACGGGGAAUAAUCCACGUCUUCCGGCAAAUCCUUCAUAUAUGCCUAAUCAACCUACAGGGUAUUUACCACAUCCUAUUACUGGACUAAUGAAUACUGAGAAUCAAUCUAUGCCAGGAUUGCCAGGAUUAACUCAGAUAAUACCACAACCUGGAUCAGCUGCACCCCAACCACCUGAACAUCAUCAACCAAUUGACUUUCAUUCAUCGCAUCGUUUACAAGAUUAUUUAAAUUCAAAUAUGAUGCCAUAUUACAGUUAUCCGGGGAGUGAAUUUGAUAGAGAUGCGAAUUUAAAGCAUUCACUGUUUAGUAUUGAUCCAAUGUAUACGACAGCAUUUCAUGCGAAUCGACAACUCUCUGGAAGUUAUCGAGAUAAUACUACUACUGCUACUGCGAAUAUGAUGAAUCAUAUAAGUAGUAAUUACAGCCGAUCACUAUCAGUACAGGAUAGCGGCGGUAGACGUAUUUACGCAUCAGAGCAAAAUUUAACUAAUCAUCAUCAUCAUCAAUUUAAUCCGAAUUUCUUUUUGAAAAGAAAUGAAGAAUCGAUUAGAAGUCCUAUUGGUUCUACGACUAGUACGACUAUUGUGAACACUCCUAAUAGUACUAGUACUGUUAACAAUAGUACUGGCGGUAGCCAUCGUUCUCUCCUCCCACCACCCUUCCCUCCUUCACAUCCUCAUUCUCAUCAACACCCACACCACCACCACCACCACCAUCAACCAGCACAACUGAUGAAUCCUCAUAACAACAACAACAGCGGUAACGAGAAUAAUGAGAAUACUAAUGCUCAGUUAGUUCCAACGGAUAUGUCAAAUCAAUUCUCUGCAGUGGCGGCAGCUGCAUUAGCUGUUGCCGCAGUGAAUGAUACAAAUUUUGAGAGUAAAAAUCAUAAAAAUUCAAUCAAGUUUAUACAGCAAUUGAAUAAUUCACCAUGGUCAAUGUUACGUAAUGAUAAUCAUAAUAAAUCGAUAACCAAUCAAUCAGGAUUAAAGACAAAUCAAUUUGCUGAGUCGGAUUCAAUGCCGAUGAGACAGAAUGAUAACAAUAAUAAUAAUAAUUUUAGCUACACAGGAUCUAUGGCAUCAUCGUCACCACCACUCCCAGCAUCGUCGAUGGUAUCUCCACCGCCGACAACGUCGAAUAAUAAUAAUAAUAAUUCACAUAGUGCGGCAGCUGCUAUGAUGGCAGCUGUCGCAGCGGCUAAUUAUGCAGCAUCUCAGCUGGCUUACUAUGGAGCUAAUACCCAUUUAUACUCACGUCAACCAAGCAUACCGGGGGGAGGACGUAGUACUAUGGAGUCAUUGUCAUCAAACUGGAUGAAUAACAGUAGCAAUACUAAUUCACAGAAUGCAUCAUUUCGACCAAUUUCCUCUGGAUGGUCAACAAUUUAUAAUCGAAGUGAUUUAGAGCCAUUAGAUGUAUCAAGAAAUGAUGUAAAUCUCUCGUCGAUAACCGCAUCAUCAUCAUCUUCUUCUUUCCGUAUCCACCAUCGUGUCCACAGUUGGAUCCAUAUAGUCGAAAUAAUUUAUCCUCACAAUUUCAGAUAA